AUGGUGGCAGAUGCUAUCCCCGGUUCUACUUGGUCUUUACCACAUCCGAGAUCCCACGAGGAAGUUGACCUUCAUGCUUAUCUUACAACAUUGUCUCUUCUAUUAGAUCCCAAUAUAAAUGAUGAACAUGAAUGGAUUUCUGGUGAUACAUCUUUGCGUAUUUUCAGGUCCUCUACCACUUGGGAAGUGCUUCGGCCAAGAAUAGAGACGAAGGACUGGACUGAUGUAGUCUGGUUCAAAAGAGCUGUUCUGAAGUACUCCUUCACAAUGUGGACAGCGAAUUAUGAAAUGCUCCAUACUAAGUCAAGACUGGCUGGUUGGGGACUGCCUAUCUCUGCUAACUGCUCAUUCUGCUCAAGAUUCGUCGAGACCAUCUUAUGCUGUCAUGCGAAUUCAGUCAGGAAGUUUGGAGGGAUGUGCUUAUCAGGUGCCAACCACCACAAACCAUGUUCAUGUGCUGGUCCGAGCUCCUUUCUUGAAUCCGAGCUUCUUAAACUUGCUGCUCAAACUGUUGUUUUCCAUCUGUGGAAGCAAAGGAACACUCUGAUUCAUAAUGAUACUUCGCUUCCUCCAGUAUCAGUCUUAUAUUGCAUUAACAAGGAAUUGAGAAAUAUUCUAUCUGCUAGAAGACUAAGCAAACAAUUACACUCUCUUAUGGUGAUGUGGCUCAGAUAG